GUGGCAAAUUGAAGGUUGAGCAUUGAGGUUGUCAAACCAAGUUGCGUUCGAAAAAGUACAAUCAUUCUUCAAUUCUACAGUGAAUAAAGUUAUAGUGAAUUUGCGGAAAGUCAAAUACGACGUGAAUUUACAACGAUGGCACCGAAAACUAGUGGAAAAGCUGCGAAAAAGUCCGGAAAGGCGCAGAAAAACAUAUCUAAAUCGGACAAGAAGAAGAAGAAGAAGACCCGCAAGGAAAGCUACGCAAUCUACAUCUAUAAGGUGUUGAAACAGGUCCAUCCGGACACCGGCAUCUCCUCCAAAGCCAUGAGCAUUAUGAACAGCUUCGUCAACGACAUCUUCGAGCGGAUUGCAGCCGAAGCGUCCCGGCUGGCGCACUACAACAAACGUUCGACCAUCACGUCCCGCGAGAUUCAGACCGCCGUCCGGCUGCUGUUACCGGGUGAGCUGGCCAAACACGCCGUGUCCGAGGGUACCAAGGCGGUGACUAAGUACACGAGCUCGAAGUAAACGCCCCGCUGAAGAUGGAGGAGCCUUGGAGCCGAUGGGUACGAUAAUGACGGAUCUCCACGAGAUAACUUAUGCAUGGGGGGCAACAGUCCGAUCCGCAUGACGGCUUCCGGAUGUCUAGCAGCCCUUGCAGUAUUAAUUAUUUUAUUCUGCGAGUGUUCGGUUCUUUUCGGAAGUGUAGAAUCGCAAGCACAUAUACUCUACUAUUAAGGUUUAGAAUGUAAGUUCCUGGAUUAUAACUUUUAUGACAUGUUUGCCGAAAUAAAUGUCAUGUAAAUGAAUAAUAAA